GACGUUGAAGUAAAAAAAAAAUAAAGAAAAGAGUCAGGUUUCAUCGCUCUUGACUUGCCGUACUUUUCCGAAGUGUUUCUAAACCAGAGGAAGCAAGAAGGAAUAUUAUAUAUAAUACAAAAAUAUAUAAUAUAUUAUAAAAUAUAUAUUUUUUUAAAUCAGAAUUUUAAAAAUGGUUUUUACGUAUUUGUAAUAAUAUCUGUGAAUAUUACCGUCAGACAAGCCUGAAGUUUAUUUAACAUUGGCAACCACCCCAAACAUAUUUUUUGUUGGUUGCUGUGCGGAUGAGGAUCUAAAAGUGGCUAGCAAUUUAGGCUAAUGUUAGUCACGAACGGGAUCAUCAUUUUGAGAUUUAUCAGCCAGUGAAGUAGCAAGCGUCUUGGCUAAAUCUUGAAUAAUUUCUGUCACUAUGGCGGAGGGAGCGGGGAUAAAUUCAUUUACCUCCAGGGUUACAAAAAGAUUUAGCAAUGUGAAUGCUGCUCCUGCACCCGCAAACAUGCGACGGAAAAGUCGACAACAAAGUCAAAGGCGGACUACACACAACCGGGUGGUUCUGGAGCGGGUCCUGGGCAUCACCACCUCUAACGGCAGUGGGCUGGCCUGUGACCCCAACACUGGCCUGGUGGCCUACCCAGCUGGGUGUGUUGUUGUAAUCCUGCACCCAAAGAAAAACAAACAGACCCACAUCCUCAACACUUCAAGAAAAACCUUCACUGCCUUGGCCUUCUCUCAGGAUGGAAAGUAUUUGGUCACUGGUGAGAGUGGUCACAUGCCCUGUGUGCGGGUUUGGGACGUGGCCGAGCAGGCCCAGGUGGCAGAGGUACAGUGCCAUAAGUACGGGGUGGCCUGUGUGGCCUUCUCAACCAACAGCAGCUACAUCGUGUCCGUAGGCUACCAGCACGAUAUGACCGUCAGCGUCUGGGAGUGGAGGAAGGGGACGGUGAUCGCGUCCAACAAGGUGUCUAGCAGAGUUCUGUCCGUCUCCUUCUCUGAAGACAACAGCUACUUCGUCACGGCAGGAAACCGACACGUCAAGUUCUGGUACCUCGACGCCUCUAAAGAGAGACGGGUGAACAGCACGGUGCCUCUGAUUGGCCGAUCAGGAUUGCUAGGGGAACAGAGGAACAGCAUGUUCUGUGGUCUGUCGUGUGGGCGGGGCAACAUGGCCAGCAGCACCUAUUGCAUCACUUCCUCUGGCUUGCUGUGUCAGUUCAACAACAGGAGGAUGCUUGACGCCUGGGUGGACCUCAAGACCACCUCUGCUCGCUGUCUGUCGGUGAACGAAGUAUUUAUCUUCUGUGGCUGUGCAGAUGGUACCGUCCGACUCUUCAGCCCCCAGAACCUUCAUUACAUCACCACCCUGCACCGGCCACACUGCCUGGGAGUGGACAUCACACAGGGCCUUCAGCCAGGGCAUCUUUUUGUUGCCGACCCCAAGGCAGAAUACCCAGACACCCUAGCCUUGACCUUUGACCCUGUAACCCGUCACCUGACCUGUGUGUACAACGAUCACAGCGUGUAUGUCUGGGACGUCCGUGACAUCAAGAAUGUAGGGAAGGUCUACUCUGCCCUCUACCACAGCGGCUGUGUCUGGAGUCUAGAGACAUAUCCUGACAUGGAUCUGUCCCGCUCCUGUCUGCCCCCUGGGUCUUUCCUCACCUGCUCUUCAGACAACACCAUCCGGCUGUGGCACAGCGACCCGGGACUGGUGCAGGGAACCAGCUGCCUGCGUAACCUCUACAGCCACGAUCUGUUGAGGAUUGUGUACGUGGGGGAGGAUACCCAACACCUUCAGACGGAUGGGGAGAGAGGAGAGGGGGGCGGGAUGGACGCUAAGUCAGGGAUCAGAGUCCUGGGCAUCAGUCCUGAUGGACAACAUCUGGCGGCUGGAGACCGCAACGGAAACGUACAUAUAUUUGGUCUACAGUUCAUGGAUCAGCUGCAGAAGAUUGAAGCCCACGACUCUGAGGUGCUGUGUCUGGAGUUCUCCCCUGCAGAGACGGGGCUUCACCUGCUGGCGUCGGCCAGUCGAGACCGUCUGAUCCACAUCUUCAACAUGGAGAAGAGCUACAGUCUGGAGCAGACCGUCUAUGACCACUCUGCCUCCAUCACCGCUAUCAAGUUCACUGGAGUCAGCCCAGAGGUCCUUAUGGUGAGCUGUGGUGCUGAUAAGAGUAUCUACUUCCGCACUGCUGAACAGUCUUCGGAGGGUCUGAACUUUGCCCGUAGUCACCACGUAGUAGAGAAGACCACUCUGUAUGACAUGGACCUGGACGCUACACACACACACACCGCCAUCGCCUGUCAGGACCGGAAUAUCAGAGUGUACAACGUGAAGAGUGGCAAGAUGAAGAAGUGUUUCAAAGGUUCUACAAGUGACGAAGGAACACUGCUGAAGGUUCAGAUGGACCCCGCUGGGAUCUACCUAGCAACAAGCUGCUCUGAUAAGAGCCUCUGUAUCUUUGACUAUGAGUCAGGAGAGUGUGUGGCCACCUUGUUCGGUCACUCAGAGAUUGUGACUGGGAUGAGGUUCAGCCAGGACUGCAGACACCUCAUUACCAUAUCUGGAGACAGCUGUGUGUUCCUGUGGAGGCUGGACUCCCAGAUGACUAACUCUAUGAGGAAGAGACUGGCUGAGAGGAAACGGACAGCUGGAGUGACGACUACCGCCAAAGCUCCGACCAAGGAGCAUCUUAUCCGGAGAGAGACCUUCAUCACUGUGCCAUUGGGCCACCUCCCCCAGGCAGGAGAGGAAGAGGAGGAAGAUGAUCCCAGGACUCCUGCUAGAUGUGACAUCACUCAUGACUUCCUUGCUCUAGACCCCAUGGUUCCACAGACCAACGGCAAACUGCCCAUGUGGGCCAGGAAACUGAUGGUCUCGCUGUUAUGUCAGGGUCCUGCAGCAGGCACCACUGUUCUCCCUGCCGAGCUCCAGCCAGCACACCUCCAGCCGCGCGGGCGCUGGGCAGAGCAUCUCAACCCCCUGGCCAUCCGCUCUGUCCUGGAGACACACAGCCUGCAGCGCCCUCUCUCCCCCACCCCCCGCAGAGCAGAGGGACCAGGAGAGGAGGAGGAGGGGGAGGAGGAGGAGGAAGAUUCAUACUUCCACCCUCAGAGCCUGGACAGCCUGCUUGGAGAGGAGGAGGAAGAUGUGGCAGUGGUGGAGGAGGAGGAAGAUGUGGUGGAGGAUGACGACAACAUAGAUCAGGGUUCUGGGUCUCUUCAGAGGCCUGGGUUCCUGGCCCUACCGGACAGUGACGACAUGUUUGGUCCAGGCCUCAGUAGCUACGUUCUUUACCCGGCUAACAGCACCACGCUGUCCACUGGAGGAGGAGAGGGUGAGUUUGGCCAGCGGCAGCAGGGCUGGGGAGGAGAGGACAAGCUGAGUCCAGACAGCGCCUGUUGUGUUGGUUCUGCAGAGAGCCAGGACCAACCCCAGGAUGAUACUGACUCCCUGAGCCAGGUGAGUUCUACAGGUAGUUCUGGAGUGGAGGAAGAGGAAGAAGAUCCACAGACACUCCUUAGACAACACUUUGACACCAUGGCCAACCACCUGAGCAACGAGGAGAGGUUUGAGACUGACCUGUCCGGUCUGCAGACUCCACCCAUAGAGACAGAGAGCCUCUUCCUCAACCCCCGAUUCAGCAUCUCUACACGCUUUCUGUCUCGUUUCCAGAGCAGACUCCGUGGUCCUGGUUCUGCCCUGCGUCCUGCUCCUCUCCCGCCCAGCAUCACCGAGGAGCCCAGCAGCCACUCCUCACCUGACCCGACCCCCAGCCUCAACACUACUCAGGCCAACUCCAAGCAGUUUGUCGUGAGCAGUACUACAGAAUCUGUUCAAGAGGAGAGCCAGACCCCUGUGAGGGGUGCGGAGUGUCAUCCAACGUCUUUAAAGAGGCGCUCCUCUUCGGUCCAGCAGACUCCCCAACCCCGCCAUCGCCUACGCAGCCGCAAAACCAUAGCUGUUCUACACUGGAGAGACACUCUGGGAGAUGUGCCCGAUAAAACCCUGAGGUCUCAGUCUAGUGGUCCGUCAUCAUCAUCCAGCUCCACCCUCAAACCCUCCCAGCCCGGCCUGGACAAGGAGCCCCUGACCCGGCUGCCUCGCCAGCGUUACAUGGGCACCACCACCAGCUCCAGAGCCAAGAGGUCCCAGGGUGAGGGCCUGAACAUCUCCCCGACUGAGGAGCACCCUGCUGGGGGGAAGAUCAUGGAGGCGAGCGCCUCAUCCCUCCAGGACCUCCAGAACGUUACAGACCCGGAGUGCAAGGAGAAUCUGCCGCCCCCUGUAGUCCAGCCCCCUGUAGUCCAGCCCCCUGUAUCCCACACCACCACCCCUUCCUCAGUGGAGCCUCCUGCUCCUGCCAGCCAGCCUCCCUCCGUCCCUCCUUCUCCUGCGGGGAACCACAGAGCCAGAGCAGCUCUCCACCUGGACCUGGCUAUGCCCUCUGACCCCCCCACCCUAACCUUCCCUCUGGCCUCCCACAAGUCCCAGAGAAGGUUUGGAGACUCGACCCGUCCGACCCGCCACGCCUUGGUCACCCCAACUGAGAUGCGUUCUCUUGGGAAGGAGGCGAAGAGGUGCCUCCGUAACAUGGAGGACAGCUUGGUGCCACAGGGAGGAUUACCAGGGCUCCGCAGCAGCCCGGCCCCCACCACGUCUCCGGCCCCCACCACGUCUCCGGCCUCCACCACGUCUCCGGCCUCCCAUCUGUGCCCAACCCUCCCUCAGGCCCAGCUCUCUGAGAACCCCUCCCAUCUGCCCCAGCUGCAGCAGGCUAGCGACAGUCCUGUCUCUGGUUCUGCCUGUUCCUUCCCUCUCCACGGUGACUCUGGUCUCCACGGUGACUCUGGUCUCCACGGUGACUCUGUAGAGGAAACACUGAACCUUCAGAUGUGUCACCAGGUGGCCAACGAGUUGAGGCACGCCAUGAGAAGAGCAGUCACAUUCUACAACAAGGUCUGCUGUAUGACAGACAGCCCAGAGCAGCAGGGCCAGAUGUCGGCCAUUUUAAAAGAGGCCUUUUGUGUGGCUCAGACGGAGCUGGCCUCUGUGUUUCCUUCGGGUCAGACGUCAGCAGCAGGUCACAGCGCCCCCUGUCCCCUGGAGGACUCUCCAGGUCGCCAGCUGAGAGACGACCGGACCGUGGCUUUAUUAGAGAAAUACUCUGAGAUGCUGCUGUUCAUUGCUGAGAAGAAGAUGGACAGUAGCUAGUUGAUGGGUUUGACUAGAUGGGAUGCCCCGCUAAUAUCAGAAGUUACUUUUCGUAGCAGGUUAGGGGAAUUAGGUUAAGGUUAGGAAAAGUUAUCCCUGGACGCGACUCGAAUAUGCACGUUUUAACAGACAUGACCCUAGCUGAUGGAGGAUGAGACAAGACGUCCUUACGUGAAGCAAAUAUUAACUAACCAGAUGUGAGCAAUUAGAUGCUUUCACUUCUCACCAGACUGUUUCAAUAGCAUCCUGUCUCUUCUCACCAGACGGGUUUCAAUAGCAUCCUGUCCCUUCUAACCAGACGGUUUUCAAUAGCAUCCUGUCUCUUCUCACCAGACUAUUUUCAAUAGCAUCCUGUCCCUUUUAACCAACAGCACCUUUUUUAAACCUGACCGGACGACUGUCUCUGUAUAUUAGAAUGUUUUAUUUAGAUUCGUUUUAAAAGCCCAUACUUUCAGUUAAAUGUUAAGCACCUCAUUAGAGACUGACUGAAAUAAGGCACUGGUAAAUACACACUUCACAAUCUAAAGUCUCCAAAUUGUUUAAAAUCUUUUAGCUUUGUCUUAUUUUCCUAUUUAUCUUAAUUAAUGGAUGUUUUAUUUCACGUUUUCUUUCUUUUUGCUUAUUACUUUAAUUGAAAGCUCUUGUUUUGUUUCUCUGUCUUUUUUUGUGUGUUUUGGUAGCUGUUGUGAUUCUUCGAUUUAUUUAGGUCUCACAAAAGCAUCUCAAAGUAGAAGUGCUGAUCUAGGAUCAGUUUAUCAUUUUAGAUGCAUUGUGUGUGUUUUUUUAAAUAUAUUUUUUAAAUGAAUACGAUUACAUUAGACAGAUCCUAGAUCAGCACUCCUUCUCUUGGAUGCUUUGUGGCUACGAGCCCAGGUCCCUUAACCCAUUCUGUAUCUAACCUUGUAGCCAUGGUGACGCUUUAUUUUAAAACAUGAUCUAUUUGAGCGUCAAAGCAGUCAAUGAGGAGUCAUUCAGCCACAACCAAAGUGACCUGCUUUAAUCAGUGUUUACCUUUGAAUCUCUUAUUAUUAUGGUCUGUUUCUUUUGACCUGUCCAGGUAUUUGUGUACCAGGUUAUGUUUUGCUAGUUGAUACUGAGUUCUCUCUAUCCAAGCAGUCAAGUUGAAGUUCAGUAUUAGUGUGGUUUCUGCUUGCUUCCUAUUGAGGUUGGAGCCAACAGACACUAGUGUUAAGGGCUCUAUUACGUUAAAGCCUGUGGAAUCAGAUGGGUAGAAUAGGCUCACCGUCACCUGCAGUGUUUUGUACAGUUCCCCUGUGGUGUUUCACCUGUGGUGUUUCACCUGUGGUGGUUCACCUGUGGUGUUUCUUGUGAAAUUGUUAAAUUUCAAUGUAAAUUAUUUGUAAUAUUUUUACCUUUCUGCUUUUGCAUUCAUACAAAAUGUAUAUUUUACUAAGAAUGUGUAAUAAAGUUGUUUUUUACAUAUU